AUCACUCUCCUCAUCGCCUGUUAACCCUCUCUGCUCACUCUGACCCACAUGCGUCUCGUUUCUUCCUCUAACCUCAUCUUUCACUUCGGAGGGGACGGAGAGCAGAUUUUAGUUUUUGCACUACAAAGCAACUGUUUUUUCUCUCCAGAGCUCUCACCUAAGAUCUCCUCUUUCACAAAUCCCAGAGAAGCUGCUCCUGAAGCCYAAACUGCACCAGAAGAAGAGGCUGAGAGGUCCACUGUAACCACACUGCCUGCUCCCAUCUGUGGGGCCCAAUGGAGCUAAUGCCACAAGAUUACUGAUAGUUUCGUACCAGCAUGGCAUCCGCAGCUACCCCAAAGAGGAUGGUGUCCUCCGUCUUCAUCACCCUGGCUUCUCCUCAUCGAGCCACGGUGACCCAGCAGCAACCUGCCCUCCAGGCCCACAGCGCCUCCGGCAGGGAGCGGAGYGUCAGCCAAGGUGACGGCGUACCUGUCCACACACCCACGAAACUCGACCAGUCCUCCUCUGACGCCCGCAGCUCUGCAAACAGCAAAAACUGGACUCCUGGUACCCCAGUGUCAGACCCUCAGAGCUCCCAGCUUGUMCAAACUGGAUCCACCAAAGCAAAGCUGCGAGAAGAUCAGAAACAGAGGAUCUCUCCGGCAGAGCUCUUCCCUCCUCCCGAUGAACUUCCUGCAUCUCUGAAAGGAAAGCUCUCUGAAGAAUCGUCACUUCCACCACCCCCUCCAUCAUUCCCACCACCUCCUUCAUCACUCCAUCCGCAGAGCCCAAAUCAGCAUCCAACCAGCAACAAAAAGGUUGAAACAUGCAUACCGUCUAAUGGAUCGACCCAAAGUGAAGAAAUCUGCGAGAUUCACAAAAACGGCCAAGAGAUGCAAGCACAGAGCAAAGACGUGUGCGGCUUCUGUCGGAAACCCGUGGCUCUGUCUGAACCUGCGCUAGAGGCCUUGAACAGGACUUACCACGAAGGCUGCUUCCAGUGCAGAUCUUGUCACAUCCCCCUGGCUGGGAAACAGUACUACAACAAGGCCGGGAUCCCACUUUGUGAAAGCUGCUAUCAGGCUAGUUUGGAGCUGUGCUGGGCUUGUGGGGAGGCUAUCACAGAUCAGAUAAUCCGUGCACUGGAGCGAGCGUACCAUCUCUCCUGUUUCACCUGCAAAACAUGCAAACAGCAGAUUGGAGAGCAGACGUUUGCUCAGGGGGAAGUUGGAGAAGUUUACUGCCUCCAGGACUACUACAAGAAAUAUGCACCAAAGUGUAGCUCCUGUAACCAGCUCAUUAUUCCAAAAGAAGACGGCACUGACAGCUACACUGUUGAGUGUUUUGGGCGUUCUUACCAUGAGAACUGCUACAGGUGUGAGGUCUGCAUCAUCCAGCUUUCCCCUGAACCAAACGAGCACGGCUGCUACCCUUACGACGGGAAAAUGCUCUGCAAAUCCUGUCACCUGAACUUGGUUUCUGGGCAGCAGUAACAAGACUUGGAUCCGAGAGCUCGGACCUGUUCAACAAGAGACUGUGCAUUUACAAACGUCAUAACACUUUUUCCAAUGGAAUGUUUAUUAUCUUCACAUAACAAUGAUUCUGCUUCAUACCUGAUAAGUUUGCACUCAAAAAAAGAAACAAAUUUAUGCAACUGGCUUCACGAUGAACAUCUCAACUGGUAUGCUUGACCUUAGUAAAGAAAGUUUAAGAAAUAUAAUAAUAUAAUGCAAAUUAUAUCCAAUUUCAACAAACAUACAAGUAACAGAACAUGUUGCAUAAACAGUAUAAAAGUAUUUCAAUCAUAUCUAUGCAAAAAAAAAACAUAAAUCAAGAAAGGCUGCCAUAUGAAUUAUAUUUUAUAUUAUCAUGGAAAUAUACCAUUCACACUGAUUUGACCAUAUAUUAACAUUCCAAAUAUUUUUAAAUGUAUAUAUAUUUCUCAAAAUACUUACAGAAUUAAAUAUGUAUACAAUCUUUGUCUUGAAAAAUAA